CGUCCUCAGAUCGAUCGCGCUGUUUGCAGACACCAUAUGUAACAAUCUGAGCGGCAAGAUAGGCUGCUAUCGUGCGGGCGGGUCGGCAAACCGGCGGCAGCCUCAACCCAACGGAACGCGCGUCUGAUUCGGCCAGCGCUGAGAGGAGCUGGCCAGGGCUGACCCGAGCCGACCGAAACCGUCGGCAGCUGCCUGGAGGUGACACGGCUGGAACGCAGCUGACCCGCGUCGAAGGGAAACGACACCCGCCAGUUGUCCGCAGCUGGCCACCAUCCACUGUUUCCAGCGGUGAAUCGCCCUCGUUUCUAGCGUUCAGUACAGCUGAGCGUUGCGAGCGAACAUUGCAACUGAAGAGACAUCGUCAUCCAACAUGGACAAUAACAGCCAGUCAGAGAAUUGCUCGUUCCUGCAACUGUUGGACAACGAGACCACCAGCUGCUGGCCAAUGGCUGGCGGUCCGGUGCCCUACACGACCAUCAUUAACGCCAUCUUGUACUCAAUCGUCAUGGUGAUAGGCCUAGGUGGCAACACGCUGGUGAUCUACGUCAUCGUGCGCUACAGUAAGAUGCAGACGGUCACCAACUUCUACAUCUUCAACCUGGCGGUGGCCGACGAGAUCUUCCUCAUCAGCAUUCCCUUCAUCCUCACGACGAUGGCGCUGGGGCAGUGGCCCUUUGGCAUGGUUAUGUGCAAGAUCUACUGGACCAUCACCAGCAUCAACCAGUUCACCAGCAGCCUGUUCCUGACAGUGAUGAGCGCAGACCGAUACCUGGCCGUCUGUCAUCCGAUCAGCUCCACGCGCUGGCGCACGCCUCUCGUCUCCAAGAUCGUUUGUCUGACAGCUUGGACGGCCAGCUCUCUGAUGGUGGUGCCGCUCUUCAUGUACGCUGCCGAAUACGAGGGCCAGUGCAACAUCUUCUGGCCGGAGAGCGUCGGCGGCGUCAAGGGCGAGAAGGCCUUCACGCUGUACACUUUCACCAUGUCCUUCGCCAUGCCGGUCAUCCUGAUCCUCGUCUUCUACAUCCUCGUCAUCAACAGACUGCGCCACGUCGGCCCGAAGAACAAGUCGAAGGAGCGCAAGAAGAGCCACCGCAAGGUGACGCGCCUCGUGCUCACCGUCAUCACGGUCUACUUCUUCUGCUACCUGCCCUUCUGGAUCACGCAGCUCUCGCUCAUGGUGAGCAGUGAGUCGCGCGUCAACCACAGCCAGUUCAUGGUCUGCGUCAUCCUGCUGGCGUAUGCGCUCACCUACAGCAACAGCGCCGUCAACCCGUCCUCUACGCCUUCUCUCAGCGAAAACUUCAAGAAGUCGUUCGUCAAGGCGUGCCAAUGGCGCGCGCGGUGCCCGACGUCAACAAGCCUGCAAGUGGAGAAUCUCGGUCUUCCCACGACGCAGCAAGCAGCGGGCGCAGGUCGACCGAAUGCACGGCUCAGGAAGCGCGGCAUGGCGCACUGA